AUGCAGUCAUUCACGGUCCACAUGUCAAGCACCUACGUCUGCUCUCAAUGUUGUCGCACUACGGCGCGGAGAGCGGUACGUCUUGUUCGACAGCAGCCAUGUUCUUCGCAUCCGCAACUGCGACGGGCCUCUUCUUACCACCUUGAUGAUCUCGUUUCGGAACUGCCGCGCAGUACUCGCUACUCACGACCUCGACCAAAGCCUGCUACUACAACUCCCACCCGGCCCGAGAGCUUGUACGACUACGUAGCCGCAAAGACGACCCCCCAGCCAGCUCGACGUCCCCGGAACACACCUGCUCCAAGCAAUACCGUACCAGACGCUCAGCAUGCGAGUUCCAGUAUACACUCGUCACCACGCACGAACAGCAAACCCGACGCCCACCUCGUCUCAUACACAUCGAACCUUCAGGAAUUGGUGUCGAAAAAGGAUGCGAAUGCUGCGUGGUCCUACUUUUGCGCCCACUAUACCGCUCCCGACUGUUCAGCCUUGGAUCCUGCCUGCCUCCCAUUCAUCGACGUCCCGAAACAUAAGAGUCGUCUCGUUUAUACAGAGCUGCUAUCCCUGAUGACUCGUCACUGGAUUCAACAACUCGAAUCUCUCGGAUCUCCUGAAAACAUAGCCUCACCCUCCCCUUGUGACGUACUCCAAGCCUUUGAUCGUCUCGCCAUAUCUUCUCCGUCCAUCACUUCCAGCCUGGCAUUCUCUUUGGCCAUUCAUCUUCAGCUUGCUGCUGCAAAAGGCCUCGAUGUCUUGCAUGACCCCACAACCAAGCCUGUCCUUGUCCAAUUGAUUGAACUGUGGCCCCUUUGUUUCUUUCCAAGGUGGGAGACGAAGGACCACAAGGCUUUCCAGAGUCGUUGCGCCGCCCUCGUCCGGGCGCCGACUCAAAAGCCCUCAGGUCUCGUCAUAUCCUUGUUGCUUGUGCAGGAUCUGUUGUGUCGUGCCAAGUCUUUCCCACCCGACUUGGAGCAAUACCGACUCCAUCUCCGAGCCCUCAGCCGGACCACUCCCUUUGCGCAGUUCUCUGGCGCCGCAGUGCGUCACAUUGAGAUGCGACUGAAGUCAGAAUCUCCGGAUGACGCUUUAGGAUCAGCACAACUCACCGCGAAACUGUGCAACCUUCGUUCAGCAUCUGUGCUAGUCAAUGUGCCAGCCAAUGCCACGCUGAAGGACCAAAAUCGUCCAGUCGCUCCCGAGACUGUUGAACAGAAAACAAAGCGACUAGUUGCUUAUGUCUCGCAUGCUGCCGACAAGCAAAACCUGGAUAAUCUAGAGCGACUCUGGACGGAAGCACAAGAUCUUUUCGCUGACGAAGAAUCGCGGAUAACUGACAAUGCACCCUCCACGCUUCGCUUGUACGAAGCUUUCUUGAGCGCAUUCUUCCAGCUACGACGCCCUCAAUCUGGACUGCAAGUCUGGAACAGUAUGCUCAACUCGGGCUUCGAACCUACUGUUCGCACCUGGAACAUCAUGAUGAAGAGUUGUCAUAUUUCACGAGACAUUAACAUCAUGGAGUCCAUGUGGCAACGAAUGAGAAACUCUGGUCUUCAACCUGACGUGGUAUCCUGGAGUACGAGGAUUUACGGCCACCUUCGUGUUGGCGAUAUUCGACAAGGCAUGUCUGCACUGGACGAAAUGGGAAGAGAAUGGUUCGCAUCUCAAAAUAAAAGAAACCCCAAGUCGGCUGCCACAAAUAUCACGGCCGAGAUACCGGCUCCUAACAUCGCUAUAUUGAACACGGCCGUCUCGGCACUUCGUGGUAGCAGAGCACAUCACAUUCCCAAUGUUUUAGCUUGGAGCCGAUCCUUUAACAUCGAGGCGGACGUAGACACGUACAACAUGUUGCUUGCCGUGGCUCUGAACGGAGGGCAGGCAGCAGAUGCGGCGAGCAUCUUGAAGCGCAUGGCAGCCUCCAACAUUGAGCCCAAUUCGUCUACCUUUACGAUUCUCGUCAAUUCGAUGCUGUCGACAACGAUGCUAAACGACUUGACGAAGGUGGAACAAGAGGCCAAGAUCAUGGGUCUCAUCUCUUCGUUCGAAGAAUGCGGUCUGAAGGUCGAUGUUCAAGGAUAUGCACUGCUCAUCGACCGUAUGCUCAAAGAGCACGAGAACUUGGCAGCUGCUCAAAGCGUACUGGGACACAUGAUGGCCCGCGGAGUGCAAUGUACACCUCACAUUUACACCAUCCUCAUGACGCAUUACUUCGACGCCAAUCCACCUGCGCUCUUCGCGGCGGAUGCGUUGUGGAAUGAUAUCCAGAAGACAAAGGGCCACACGCUGGACGUGAUAUUCUACGACCGAAUGGUCGAAGGAUUUGCAAGACACGGUGAUGUGGGCAGGACGAUGGCAUUUUUGAAUCGGAUGAGCAAGGAGGGCAAGCGACCAGGUUGGCUAGCCAUGAUGGCCGUGGUACAAUGUCUUGCACGCAACAACGAGUGGGACAGAGUAGCACAAAUAGUCAUCGACUGUCACAAGCAGGAAGGUCUCCUGAGCGUCGGGCUACGAGGCAAAAAGGGACAGAAGGACUUUUGGUAUUAUGUGGGGAAGCUGGCGGACAACGAACUCUACGAUAGCGAGCAUGGGAAGGAGAUAUUCGCGAUUGUUGAAGCUCAGAGGGAAGCGCUGGGAAUGUGA